GGGAAAGUUUAUAGAGGAAGCGCGCGCGGGGGGAAAAGGCUGGUUCAGUGCAGCUGCUUUACUCCUCAGAGUUUCUCUGCAGGAUUAAGUAGGUUUCAUUAACAGCAAGGGCUGGUAUUUUAUUUUGUUUUGCAAGCAUGGCUCAAGCGCGAGUCACGGAUUUCUUCUCACAGUCUAAGAGAGCAGGUGUUGAUCGAUCCUUGAGAUCGAAAUCCCAGAAACCAGGCGCUGAGGACCGGGUGGUGGAGGCGAAGCCGCCCGGAGCGACGGCGCAGAGGAGCAGCCGCGCUGCACACGAGCCGCUCACAGCCGUCCAGGAGGAGUUCCUCAGGGUGAUCGACGAGGCUGUAUCUGCGCCUGAUCAUGCGGAGGGCAGGACGGAGGCGCGGGGCUCGGAGAAACCCGACCCGCCCGAGAGUCCCCGAACCCCGAAGAGAAGUUGCGCCGAGGCGGAGUUUGAUCUGUGCUCGGCUGUGUUUUCCUCCGCCACGGAGCAGCACAGCACGGCUAAAAAGCGGCUCCGGGUCUCAGCGAUGAGGGAGGAGAACACGGCUAAGAGCGUGGAGGGGAAGAGGACUGCGAGAAAGAAGCUCGUGCUCUCCAAACACGAGCAAACCGAGAAGGCGCCGGUCAGUACACCCGCCCAUAAAGAUUCAAACGGUGUAGUCGAACACCAGGCAAAAGGCUCACCUGUGAACAAAGUGAGCGGUGCCAAGCAGCCCACCACGAACAAGAAAACGUUCUCCAGUGAGGAUGUGGCUUCGCUGAAGGCUCGGCUGCAGAAGCUGAAAGGACAGGCUGAGGCGGUGAGCUCGCCAACCCCGGCACCCGUGUCUGCUCUCGCUGAGCUCAAAGCCCGACUGGACAGCGCCAGGGAGCUCGCAGUCAAAGCACAGCAGAGGAAGGAGGAGAGAGUGAUCGAGCAGGAGGAGGAGAGAAGCAGAGAGGAGCAGCCACAAGACCACAAAGUGGAUGAAGGUGAGAAGCUUCCUGCUUAUCAGCGCUACCACACACUAGCUCAGGACGUUCCCCCCGGCCUCACCCUGCCCUUCAGAUACAAGGUUUUGGCAGAAAUGUUCCGCAGUAUGGACACCAUCGUCGGCAUGCUCUUCAACCGCUCGGAAACGGUCACCUUCGCCAAAGUCAAACAAGGAGUCCAAGACAUGAUGCACAAGCGUUUUGAAGAGUCUCACAUAGGGCAGAUUAAGACGGUAUAUCCAUCUGCCUACACCUUAAGGCAGGAGAAAAACAUCCCGACCUUCAGCGCUACAGUGAAGAAAUCCACCUACCAACUUACUGUGGAGCCGCUCAUUGAAGAAGAAACAAAUGGCACCCGGCCCAUCCUGUCUGCUACUCGUCUGCUGGAGAGAAGACGCAUGUUUCAUCAGAACCUGGUGGAAAUUGUGAAGGGACACCACAAGGUGUUCUUGGCCUCGUUGAACCCCUCUUUAGUGGUCCCUGAUGAUAAACUAACCCGCUGGCACCCCAAAUUCAAUGUAGACGAGGUGCCCAACAUCCUGCCCAGCGACUUGCCUCAGCCUCCUCAGACAGAGAAACUCACCACCGCUCAGGAAGUGCUGGACAGAGCUCGCGCCCUCAUGACCCCUAAGAUGGAGAAGGCUUUGGCUAACAUGGCCUUAAAAACAGCAGAGGCAGCAUGUGCAAAAGAGAGUGAAACACCAGUAAAACCAACUGCGACGCCCAUCCAGACCCCCAGUGCCCUUAAAGGAGUGUCACAGUCUCUGCUAGAGAGGAUCCGGGCUAAAGAAGCUCAGAAGCUGCAAGCGGCAAUGACACGGAAUCCUGAACAGGAGGAGCGUCUGGGGAUGAUGUCACGCCUGCCAGAGAUGGCUAGGAUUCUGAGAAACGUGUUUGUAGCCGAGAAGAAGCCGGCCUUGAUCAUGGAGCUGGCCUGUAAUCGCAUGAUCGCCAGCUAUCGCUCCUCUCUCAGUGCAGGGGAAAUGGAAAAACACCUUCGUUUGCUGGUGGCGUUGGUUCCAGAGUGGCUCACGCUGCAUCCCAUCAGAAAGGAUUUUUACCUCAAGCUGAACAAGAACACUAACAUGAACCUGGUUUUGGAGAAACUGAAUCAGAAGAUAAAAGAAGAGGAGAGACUCUGAGAACGUGUGGAUGUUGGACUUGUUGGAAUGAUGUGCAAUAGUUUCAGGAAUUUACUCCAUGUUUUUAAUCUUUGGACUUGACACUUUGGAAUGUGACUUCCUGUAAAAGCUCCUCAUGUUCCAAACACUAGUCUGUGAGAGAGAUGUUUUACAACAGAAUAUACAAGUUUGUGUGAAUAUUUUUUUUUUUUCUUUGAAAUGAAACAUUUUGUUGACAUUAAGGUGGCUGUGCAUUUUAGGCUCGUGAAUGCUUGUAUUAAGGAGGUGCACACUGAGCCAUUACAGCUGUACAUUUGCUGUACAGCAGCAGGUCAUGGGACGAGUCUUGAGCUGCAUAAAUGUCCAAUAAACAAGCUAGUUUGAACA